AUGGGGAAAAAAAGUCAAAGAACAAAUAAACCAAAAACUGUUGCAUCUACAGGUGGCAAAGACGUUCAGCCACCAAAUGCUGAUGCGUCUAAGAAAGGAAAAAACGUUCGACCACCAGAUAUUGGUACAUUUGAGAAGGGGCAAACAUCCGAAGAAACUCCCUUACUAAGGGAACAGUCUACUGUUUCCAUGGAAGACGUUGAAACUACUGAGGUUGCUAUGCCAAGUGCAGAAGAAAUCAAGAAGUGGAGUCCGCAACAAGUUCUUGAAUUUCUUGAAAAAAAGAAAGAUGAACUAUUUCUUAAUGACAAACACAUCAAAAUAAUUGAGGAUCAAGAAGUUGCCGGUCAAGAUUUCCUGCUGUUAACGGAAGAAAAACUUAUGCAAGACGGCUUAAAAAGAGGACCGGCAACGAGAAUUUCUCAGUUUGUUAAAGAAAUCAAAGGCGAAGAGCAAGGGACAAAGCGUAAAUAUGAUGAAUCAGAAGAUUUGAGCAAGAUCGUAAAAACAGCAGUGCGUGAAGAAUUCGCCCGGCGCAUGCCUGAUGUACUCUCAGUAUCGAACCUUUCUGAACAAAAAAUAAAUAAAAUCAUGGAUGAUAUGGAAUUAAAGAUUAUAGGACUAUCAGAAGAAGAUUUCCCAUCGCUCAAUCCUGUGCAAUACCCAGGCUUCCAAUGGGAUUCGGAGAAGGAUGAAGAUCAACAGAUGCAAAAUGUCGUGAAAUAUUUUGAGAAAGCUCUAAAACUACCAAGGAAUGUCCAUGUGAGGGACGUCCAUGCGCAGGUGAAAGGUCAACGAUACUUGCGAAGGGCAAAUGUCACUUUAACGGGUGGCACCGAUAUAGCUCUUGGACCCAGUAUGACUCCUUGCGCCUCCAUUGAAACUAAAAAAUCACAGGCGGAUUUCAAAGAAGGUCAAGCGAUUGGAGAGCUAUUUAUAGCAGAUAAACGCCAUGUUUUGAAUACAAUAUCCGUCUUAACGGAUUGUAAUGACCACUGGAUUAUUUUCUUCUUCGCAAAACCGGAAUUUUUAAAGGGUGAACAAUGCUUGGUAAAGUGUGUAACUGGUCGUGGAAUUGCCUUAGCGGUAAUUCGACGGUUCGUGCUUGAAGAAGCAAAGAAGAUCCUAAGUUGGAAAGGAGACAUCGACACUACAGCAAACUUACCUGCCUUACCCGUAUGUCUUGAGAAUAUAACGAAAUUUCUCGAACACACAUAUGAAGCACAUGAGGACAGAAUGACAGACAUGAUUGGUGAUAUGUCAGAAAAUGAAUUAUUCAAUAUGAGGGUUCGCAAAAGGUUAACAUUGUUAAGAGAUUGGUGUGAUUUAGAUCAACAGCCAGAUGUAGACCAACUUAUUAGACAGUUUAGCGAUGAUUAUGAAAAUCCACCACCACUGAUGUUCGCAUAA